AUGAUGUUCAGAGAUCCAGAGCCUCGUGGACAGACAUAUAAAGCCUGCAACCUCUUCAUUAGACAGGUCAAGACAGCUGGAUACACCAAUUUGAUAAACCACCUAGCGUCAAAACACUCCGGCUACGAAGACGUUGUUCGGCAAUGCAUGCGUGACAAGCGGAGCGUUUCAAUGGACAUGUUCGUGGACCAGGACGCCCUGUCGACUCACCAGUGGAUGAAUCUUGUUGUAAACAAAAACUUCUCGUUCACGGCUGUAGAUGAUGGCGUUGUGAGAUCGGCGAUAAAGUGCUCGAAUCGCAAGCAGAUGAAUGCCCAGGACGCCACAUAA